AUGUCACUCACAUUACCGUCACUCCCAUCCUCGUCAUUACCAUCAUCGUCACUCACAUUACCGUCACUCCCAUCCUCGUCACUCCCAUCAUCGUCACGGCCAUCACCGUCACUCCCAUCCUCGUCACUCCCAUCAUCGUUACGGCCAUCACCGUCACUCCCAUCCUCGUCACUCCCAUCAUCGGCAAUCCCAUUACCGUCACUCCCUCCAUCGGCACUCCUAUCCUCGUCACUUCCAUCCACUACAUCCCCGCACAUGUCACUCCCAUUACCGUCACUCCCAUCCUCGUCAUUACCAUCAUCGUCACUCACAUUACCGUCACUCCCAUCCUCGUCACUCCCAUCAUCGUCACGGCCAUCACCGUCACUCCCAUCCUCGUCACUCCCAUCAUCGUCACGGCCAUCACCGUCACUCCCAUCCUCGUCACUCCCAUCAUCGGCACUCCCACCCUCGUCACUUCCAUCCACUACAUCCCCGUACAUGUCACUCCCAUUACCGUCACUCCCAUCCUCGUCAUUACCAUCAUCGUCACUCACAUUACCGUCACUCCCAAUCCUCGUCAUUUCCAUCAUCGUCACUCACAUUACCGUCACUACCAUCAUCGUCACUCCCAUUACCGCCAUCACAGUCACUCCCAUCAUCGUCACUCACAUUACCGUCAUUACCAUCAUCGUCACUCACAUUACCGUCACUCCCAUCCUCGUCACUACCAUCGUCGUCACUCCCAUUACCGUCACUCCCUCCAUCGGCACUCCUAUCCUCCUCACUCCCUUCAUUGGCACUCCUAUCCUUGUCACUCCCUUCAUCGGCACUCCUAUCCUCGUCACUCCCUUCAUUGGCACUCCCAUCUUCGCCACUCCCAUUAUCCUCACCCCCUCCAUUGUCACUUCCAUCCUCGACACUCCCGUGCACGAAACCCACAUUAGCGUCACUCCCUUUCUCGAUCCUCACAUCUUCGUCACUCCCAUCACUGUCACUCCCAUCCUCGUCGCUCCUACGUUCUUCCCUCACCUCCUCGUCAUUCCCAUCCUCCCUGCUCCAUUCACCACCACACCCACCAUUAUCACCACUACCCUUGCCAAUCACUCCACUACCACCACACCCUGCUCCUCUACUACCGAUACUGUCAAUCUCACCAACACCUUCACCGUUACUUCCAGCAACCUGGCUAGCCAAGGUUCACUCAGACUACCAGUCGCAACAACAGCACCUAUUUUUUCCUCAACAACUUCACGUUCGAUCACAUCACUUGUUUCACGUCCGCUGACACUCACUGUCGAAAAAACACCACGCCCAUCUUUCCCAAUGAAUCCAACUUCAUCAAUAGCAUCAUCGGCAUUAAACCCCCCGAGUCUACCAUCCAAUCACCGCCACACCCAUCCUUUUCAAUAUCUCCGCAUUCAUUAUUGCCAUCCACAAUAUGUCCCGUCACAUUACCUGUCGCAUCGCCACCACACCCAUGUCUCUCAGUCACCCCGCAUUCAUUCGCAUCAUAUGUACUAG